UUGUAACUUUCUUACAUCGGCAAGGCAAAGUCCAAAGCUUUGUCUAUAAAUAUAAAUUAUUAUGAUUACCCAUUUUUGAUCCAAAUCCAUUCUCUUGAUUUUCUCUCUCAUGCAAAUCUUCUCUCUCUUUCUCUUUCUCUCUCUGCUUCAAGCAUAAAAAAAAAAUCCAUUCAUUACAUAAAAAUCACAAUACAGUAAACAGAGAGAAAGAAAGAGAGAGGAAAAAGAGGGCCUCUCGCCCUCUCUUCGUAUUAUGCCUCCUCUUAGAUCUUAGAUUCUCCCACUUUCCCAUCUGAGUUCGCUCUCUUUGGUAUUGAAAUUCUUUGCUUUUCAUUUUUAGCUACAAAAGAAGAAAAAAUAAUUUAUAUCGUUUCUUUGAUUGGAUCCUUUUGUUUUAACUUUUUUGCUUCGUUUUUAGGAAUACUGGGUUGUGGGUUGAUCCUUGAUUGAUCGUUUAACGGUUCCAUGUUAUUGGAUUCAAUCCAAGGUUGCCCAUUUCUUUGAUAUUCAUAUUAAAUUUCCAAGCUUUUGCUUGAUUUUUGUUCACAAGAAUGGAAAUGGAGCUUGGUAAGCUGUUUAUUGGUGGGAUUUCCUGGGACACAAAUGAGGACCGUUUAAGAGAAUAUUUCCAAACUUUUGGAGAAGUUUUAGAAGCUGUGAUCAUGAAGGAUCGGGCCACAGGUCGUGCCCGUGGUUUCGGUUUUAUUGUUUUUGCUGACCCUGCGGUUGCAGAAAGAGUUGUCAUGCAGAAACACAUGAUAGAUGGUAGAACUGUUGAGGCAAAAAAGGCUGUUCCUAGGGAUGAUCAGAACAUUCAGAACCGAAACAGUAACAACAUUCACGGGUCUCCUGGUCCUACUCGCACAAAGAAGAUAUUUGUAGGAGGUUUAGCAUCCACUGUAACAGAGGGUGACUUUAAGAAGUACUUUGAUCAGUUUGGGACAAUUACAGAUGUCGUAGUUAUGUACGACCACAACACUCAAAGGCCUCGAGGUUUUGGAUUCAUUACUUAUGAUUCAGAGGAAGCAGUGGAUAGAGUGUUGCUCAAAACCUUUCAUGAACUUAAUGGUAAAAUGGUUGAAGUCAAGCGAGCAGUCCCCAAAGAAUUAUCCCCAGGGCCAAAUCGCAGCCCGUUGGGCUCAUAUAACUAUGGUACAAGUAGAGUCAGUAGCUUCCUGAAUGGUUACACUCAGGGAUACAAUCCAAGUUCAGUUGGAGGGUAUGGAGUUAGAAUUGAUGGCAGAUACAGUCCAGUUACUGUUGGGCGGAGUGGAUUUUCCCCAAUUGGUCCUGGUUAUGGGAUGGGACUGAAUUUUGAGCCAAAUUUGAGCCCAGGCUAUGGAGGAAGUGCAAACAUUAGUUCUAACCUUGGCUAUGGUCGUGGGUUGAACCCUCCAUAUGGUGGAAAUCCAAACAGGUAUAGUAGCCCCAUCGCUUAUGGUGGGAGCAAUGGAGGUAAUAGUCCUGUCCUUAAUUCACCAAGUAGGAGUUUGUGGGGAAAUGGGAAUCUUAGUUAUGCCACAAACUCUGCAAACUCCAGUGCUUUGGGCCUUGGAAGUGGGACUUCAGGAGUGGAUUCUUUUGGCAGCAUUGGAGCACUUUGGGGUUCCACUCCUAAUCUUGGACAAGGUGGAGCUGCUGGUUCUGUUUAUAGUAGUGACAAUCUUGGUUAUGGCACUGGAGAAUUAAGUCUUGGGUCAGGAGCUUUAGGGUAUGGAAGAAAUAGUCGCUCUGGUGUCACACCACCUUCUGUUUCAAAUGGUGGUUAUGACGAGGCUUAUGCUGACAUUUAUGCAAGUGGUUCCUUUUAUGGUGAUUCCACUUGGCGAUCUUCACCUUUGGAGCUGGAGGGGUCUGGCCCCUUUGGUUUUGGGCUUGGAACUGCAGCUUCAGAUGUUAUGACUAAAAAUUCUGCUGGUUAUGUUGGUGGUUAUAGUGUUACUAAUAGACAACCAAAUAGAGGAAUUGCUGCCUAGGAUGAUUCUGAUAUGGGUGUCAAAAGGUCAUUGUAGGUGAAUUAUAUCUGGUGUGGUGAAGCAGGUGAUGACUAAAUUUCUUACACUUUCCUCAUUGAGAUAAAUCCGUUUAUAUGAAAAUAUGAUUAGAACUAAUUGGUUUCGCCUGUUUUGAUGAAACUAUAGAGAGCAGUUACAAGGGUUUUCAUGUAAGGUUUGAGCUUGGUUUUUCUUUAUAUAGGUUUUCUUUCUUGGGAUUUGAUUAAGAUGUAAAAUCAGAUUGCCAGGUAUACGAGAAUAUUGUAUCAUCCCUCUCUGGUGACACUGAUACAUAAAAAAUUAGACCUUUUGGUUUAAUUCUUCUUCUCUU